GGUGACGUGUGCGAGGCCAAAAUAUUCAGUUUCGUAUUGAAGUGGAUCUGCGACAACGGGCCGCAGGAGAGGGCUUUCGCCAGAAUCAGAAGGACAGUGGAAUCUGCAUCGGCACACCUGCCACAGAUGUCUUUCAAAGAUAUGUCAAAUGAUUGGAUGUUCGGGCAAUGCAGGACGCGGGCGGCGCGUCAGACAUUCACUGACGAGUUGAGGCCCCAGCCAGUUCAGCGUGACCAGCCAGACCACCCUUGUAAGAAGCAGACUCGGCCAGGAGGAGCGUGGCGGGCAUUUUGCCGUGAGAAGUUGCUGGAGUCUGGCGGCCGCGCAGAUUUUGCACUAUGGUCUGUGGAGUAUUGCACGCUGCCCCCCGAGGAGAAGGCGAGGUUGACGGAGAUUGGCCAACUAGCCACGGUUGCUGGCAGGAGCGGCGCGUCUACCCAUCGUUCUUCAUUCGGCGCGACGCCCUCCGAGGCUUCGCGAGAAGCGAAGCGCAACAAGAUCAUGCACGAUGCCAUCCAGAAGGUCGACCUCAACCCCGCGGAGCUUGUUCUGCAGAGUGUGGAGGGCUCUAUUCCAUCGUUGGAAGAGGCCCUGACGUCAUGCCGCGCCGUGGUCAGGGGGAGGCGGGAGAAGGCGCAGUCCACCCUGGAGGGCGACGUCACGGCCAUCCGCGAGUUCUGCGAAGACAAGGGCAAGGCCCCAGUUAGCGAUGUGGAGGGCCAACUGCCACUUGCCAGUGUCCUGAAGUUCGUUGCGGUUCCAGCGUCUGGAAAGAUACGGGCUGUGGAGCCUGAUUUCGACAUUGGUGUACAUCUCGGUCGCGCUGUAUCAUGGGCGGUACCCAAGUACAAGACGAGCGGCAUUUGCCAGGCCUUGGAGGCAUUCAACGAGUGGGCCCACGACUUCAUCAGACACGACGCGGCGCCGACCGAGCAGCCUGGAUUACGGACUAAGCGUGCGCUUGUGGACGAGGGGCGGCUUGUCGUCAAGUUUAGUGGGCGCCCCGAUGGUGAUGACCUGGAUGAUGAUCUAUUCGGGUUCAGCCUCGACGCGUGGCUCCACGUGGGCAUGAUGCAUUGGUCGCCGUACCGCCCGACCUUCAUGACGGCGAAGCCCGUCGACGCUUUGGUCGAGUUGCCGCCGAGGGAGGACAGAGUUUAUAUCAAGACAUGUUUCGAAUUCAAGUCAAUGUUCAACGCUCUCGCGUUUUUGUUGGAUUGCCCUCGCUGGACAGCAACUUGGUACGUGCUGGAGUAUUCCACCAGGCCUGUUGGUGAUAUUGCUCCUCAUACGGUGCCUGUGCUGCCGCUUGCUGGGUAUGGCGUCUUGCCUUUCUGGCCGCCAUCGGCCGCUGCCGGGGGCAAGGGCGCCGCUCCUGCUGGUCCUGCUGGGGCCCCGCCCGCUGCACCUCGCGCAGCAUUGGAGGGCGGGGUCGUCGAGGCCGACGUCGAGGCCGUCGUUGACGACGAGCCCGUCGGCGGGGACGCCGACGUCAUCGGCGACGACGGGAAGUCCGAGGCCGUCUCCGAUGAGCUCGAGGACUUGACUGACGAGCUCGAGAGGGCCCGAGAGGCGGUGCCGAGCGAGGGCGAGCGCGCUGCGCAGCGUGCGCGGCUGGAGCACGAGGCAUUUGACGCCUUGGAGGCUCGCGACCUUCGCUUCCACCAGCGGCUCAAGAGGAUCGAAGAGGCGCUCGGCAUCAGAGGUCACUGGCUCGGUCCUUUGGGGGAGGCCAACGACGACAGCGCUGUGGUGCCCCAUCGCUCACGUGCGGAGGACCUCACGGGCGAUGAAACUGAGACGACGUACUACGACUCUGACGCCACGUUGUCUUUCGGGGAGCCUACGGUCUGGGUCAGCGCCUCGGUUCCAGGGACUCCAGAAUACAAUGUUCUAAGCCCAAAGUACGCCAAGGCCAUCCCACUGCCAGACAUCAAGCCCGUCGCCGAGACCUACGCCACGAUCCCGCUGACCGGCGCGAUCCGCGACUCCAGCUCGACGCCGCUCAGCGGGCUGCCGCCGAACCAGUCCCUCGCCAUCGGAGCCGCGGCAUCGUCGUCCAGCAGCACGUCGUCGGAUGCCCCGUUGAGCUCGGAGCCUCGCGAGGUGGUGCUCCCACUGGUCCACCGCGACGCGAACGGCGACCGCAUCGGCGACUGGUUCACGGACUCCAGCAGCUCGUCAGAUUGA